AUGCGCAGGAGUCGACAAUUAUACGUGAUUGUUAACAAAUCUGUCAAUUGGUACCGCUAUAUAAGGGACAAAGUUGUACUUACCAUGUUAAACCUGUCUGACAUGGGAUCGCGUAACGUCUUUGUCGCGCUCGUGGUGUUAACAGUGGGUAUGAGAGAGACAGAACCAUCCAAGGAUCCUAUGAAGUACAUCGCCUCAGGAUUCGUGAAAGUUCUGGAAGAAUGCAAGCAUGAGCUAAACAUGAAUGACCACCUCAUAGCAGACCUGUUCCACUACUGGAAGCUGGAGUACACGCUGCUGAACCGGGACACUGGCUGCGCCAUCAUCUGUAUGGGUAAGAAGCUGGACCUGCUGGACGUUAACGGAAGAAUGCAUCAUGGCAAUGCACAGGAGUUUGCCAAGAAACACGGUGCUGGUGAUGAAGUAGCAUCACAGAUAGUCCAAAUAAUCCACGAAUGUGAGAAGAAGCACGAGCGUGAUGAUGACGAGUGUCUCCGUGUGCUGGAGGUGGCCAAGUGCUUUAGAACCGGUAUCCAUGAGCUAAACUGGCAGCCUAACGUCGAGGUCAUUGUGAGUGAGGUCCUCACGGAAAUAUAG